CAAUCCAUCUCAUCUCAUCACAAUGUGUGGUAGCUGCAUGAAAUGCAUCGGCUGCUGCUGCUGCCUCCUCUUCCUCCUCCUCCUCGCCCUCGCCCUCACCGCCUCCUACUACUACGCCCUCUACGUCCCCCAAGUCCCCACCUACGAGGUCCACAGCCUCGACGUCCGCACCUUCUCCAUGCUCCCCGACCUCACCCUCGACACCAACAUCGUCGCCACCGUCAGGGCCUCAAACCCUAAUUCCGACAUAGGGUUCAUCUAUGGCGAGAACGGGCAGGUCAACGUGGUAUUCAACGAAACAGACGUGAUAUGCAUGGGCCGCCCCCCGCACUUUCGCCAGGGGAAUAGGAACGUGACGAAUAUCCGGGUGGACAUGGUGGGGAAGGGCCGGGUGGGGCCAGGACUCCAGGCGGCUCUGCAGGAGAACCAGAAGAGCCACAGGCCCGUCCCGUUGGUGGUGAAGGUGACGAUGCCGAUUAGGGUUGUGGUGGAGGGGAUCCCCUUGAGGGAGUUUAAGGUUUAUGUCAACUCUUCUAUGUUGGUUGAUAACUUGGGUCCUAACAAGAUGAUGAAAAUCAUAUCGAGUGAUGUGUCUUAUUAUUUUGAGUUGUGAGAGGGUUUUGUAAGGAUGCAUUAUGUUGUUCUUUGGGAGAGAUUUGGUGUGUGAUUUAUUGAACUUUAAAGAAAUGAAAU